AUGUCGACGACGUCAAGGGACAGCCUGGUGCUGGGGCGGGUGGUCGGCGACGUGGUGGACCCGUUGUCGCCGACGGUGGCGCUCCGAGUCUCCUACAACGGACGGCACCUCAUCAACGGCUCCGACCUCCGGGCGUCGGCGGUGGGAGCAAGGCCUCGCGUCGAGAUCGGGGGCACCGAUUUCAGGCAGUCCUACACGCUUGUUACGGUGGAUCCUGACGCUCCCAACCUGAGCAAUCCGACGUUGAGGGAGUAUUUGCAUUGGUUGGUGACAAAUAUUCCUGGGAUAACUGAAAUUGAAUAUGGUCGCGAGGUGAUAUGCUACGAGAGCCCUCGGCCGCCGGCGGGGAUCCACCGCGUGGUGUUCGUGCUCUUCCAGCAGAUGGCGCGCGGCUCCGUCGACCAGCCGCCGCUUCUCCGCCACAACUUCUGCACCCGCAACUUCGCCGUCGAACACGGCCUGGGCGCCCCCGUCGCUGCCGCCUUCUUCACCUGCCAGCCCGAGGGUGGCACCGGCGGCCGCCGCCACGUCCUCCGCCAGCCAAGGACAUCGCCGGCGUCCUAG